CUUGACACCAGGAACUAAAGAUGGAACAUUGCAAAAUGCUAGAAAUCACAUGCAAUGACAGACUUGGUAAAAAGGUCAGGGUGAAGUGCAAUGAAGACGACACCAUAGGUGACCUGAAGAAAUUGGUGGCUGCACAGACUGGUACUAGAUAUGAUAAAAUAGUUCUGAAAAAAUGGUACACAAUUUUUAAAGACCACAUCACCCUUGGCGAUUAUGAAAUACACGAUGGAAUGAACUUGGAAUUGUAUUACCAGUGAAAAAUAGAAACAGUUGAAACAGUGAUCUACAGUAGUACCGUGACGCAAGUUGCUUUGACAUUUUUUGUUAUAAAUAAAUAUAUGAAUAAACAGCAAAAUGAAAAAAAAAUCUUGGAUAUUGUGUACCACAAACAUUAUGGAGAGCAAGUGAUUAUAUCUGUAUAAAAGCAACUUUAAUUCUGGGAUACAUGGGUUUAAUUAAAUGCAGCACAUGGGUUGCAUCCAGCACAUGGGCUAAAUGCAGCACAUAGGUUAGAUGCAACACAUAGGUUGAAUGUUGCACAUUGGAUAAUGCAGAGAAUUUAUGUACAGUUAUGUUAUCAUUUUACAUUGUAGUGAAUAUAUGAUAUGCCAUUUUGUAAAUAAAGAACAUAAACAUU